GAUAGCGCUUCGCAUGAAGUGUUUCGAAACACUUUGUAAUGGUUAUUUGAUGAAUACGUGGGUGUCAUGAGACCAAGGGUACUAUCGGUCGGUGUCAGCACAGAAACCAGUAUAGCUGUUGAUUACGGUUGGAAAGGACUUAUUGCUCUUGGCAGUUUCACCAACAUACUUAUAGUUGACCCUUGUUUCAGUAAAUCUUUGCAGUCACUUCAGGGGCACCGCGCUAACAUAGUAAAUGUUUUGUGGGCUCCUGAAAAUUACUAUCAUGAUGAUAAAAACCCUUUUCAAUUAAAACUUGCCAGUGUUGACGCGUCUGGAGUAAUAAUUAUUUGGGAUGCUACUACGUCCUCUGCGACCUCAGAGUUUCGUGAGCCAGAUUCACUCGUUUUGGAUAUAUUAUGGCUACCAAAUCAGUGGGUUUCACGUGAUUUGUUAGCUGUUCUCCACUCUCGUGGUAGAUUCAUUAUCUGGAACACACAAACCCAAACAAGAUUGUGGAAGUACUCUUUUGGAGACGAUGUGGUUUCUUUUUCUUUGGAUAUAUUCUCUAAUUCAAAGAUGAUUUUUUGCUCAAAGGAAUAUUUCAUUGUGGAAAAUUUCAAUGUCACUUCGUGUGCCUUUGGAAAUGGCAGGAAACUAAACAUCUCUGAGGCUGGUAGUAACAAGUGUUUUGUUAAUGAAAUAAACUCAGGAGAAACGCCAGUAAAAUUAUCGUACAGUGAACAAAAGGUCAGCCCGGGGAACUCUGGAAGGGCAUGUGAUUCUUCGAGUGAUAGUGCGAGGACAACAUCUAUCAGAACAUGUUUGCAGGUUACUUACCAUCGAUAUCACAAGGACUGUGCGCUGUUUGUUUUUAGGAGGGAGAUUAUUAUUGUGAAUCUGGGAUUGAUCCGUCCACUUCAUAUCAUUUAUCUAGAUCCUUCUUGGCCUUCUUUCUCACGUGUUUAUUCUUGCACUCAACGUGAUGUCAUCAUUUGCCUACAUGAAAAUGGUAAUUUAAGCGUAUAUGCUUGUCGUGGUCUUGCUUUAGCAGCAGAUCCUUCUCUUCAUCCUUCUCAUUUACUGCGAAAACCUAGUAAAGAAUCUUCUGAUAUCCACGCUGAUAACAGCUGCACUUAUGUUCUUGUUGCAACUGCUGCUUCUUCUAGACGCCCAAAACAAGUACAUCAUGUUAAUUUUUCUGUGGACCAAAUGAAUGAGUUGAAUAUUGUCGUAGCUUCAAUUGAUGGGCGUUUCCAGUUUUGGCAACUGCGAGCUGUUCGAGACUCAAAUUUUUGUGAUGAAGAGGUUAAACCAAUUUGGAGCCUUUCAGAUCUGCUACCACAUGCACCUGUUGUAGAUAAGCCUCCAAUGAAGUUGUAUCUCGAAUUAAAUGGCCUAUACUCUCCAAGUAGAUCAGAGCCAACACUGUGUCGCGUAUGUCCACCGAAUCUGAUGGGACUUUCAAUGGUAGACUCAAUUCGUGGUCCAUUAGUGUCUGUUGGGAAUAAUCGUGGUGACAUCCAGAUUUGGGAUGUAUCAUCAGCUAUAUUAUGGCGUGAAUAUCGUGUACUACCGGUACCUAUCAAAGGAAUUGAAUGGAUAGCACUACCUCGAACAAUUUAUAAAAAUAAACAAAUCAGUGAAGAUUCUUCGAGACCAUCAUCAUGUGAAUAUUCAUUAGGUUUAAUUGUUCAUGGUUGGCAAUCCAAAGAUGGUCACCAAAGUUCUCUUACUGAAAAUUCAUCGAAUAGAACAAAUACAAUAGGAAAAAAUUUUGUUACUACACUGGACUUAUCAACAGGUUAUAUGCGUAUAUUUCGUGAUAUUUCAAAUCAAAAUAUUGACAAGACAGGUCCUCGCAUAGGAAUCAGUGUUCCCGGUAGUCAACUUUUAUCUGGAUCCAACGAUCAGGAAAAUCUUUUUGAAGGACCAAUUGACAUUCUUUGUGUUAGCCACUUAAAUCAAUACGUUGGUAUAGCAAUUCGUAAGAGUCCGGUAGAAAUAUGGAAACUAUCUACUUCUUCUUUAAUAGUUAAACUACCUUUGCUACCGGAUAUAACAGCUGUUGCUUUGGACUGGUGUCAUUCGCCAACGAAAUAUCAACGAAGUCGUAAGAUUUCAGACAAGAGUUCUAAAUCUGAGGACUAUGUUCAUUCAAAAGAAUCUGCUCGUACUCGUGAAUCGUGUAUUAUAUGCACUUCGGAUGGUAAUAUUCGCUUGAUUGCAGUGAAUAAUGAUUCAGUAGAUAGCACUUCAGUUUCAAAUACAAUUUUAAACGGUCUACCAACUGUUAGUUUAAAUCGAAUUAAUUCAGUUGCUUGGUUCUCUGAUUUGGUUGCUUUUGGCACUUUAGAUGGUUUUGUAGCUGUUCGAGAUUUACAUAGUAAAAGAACAUUGUUUAGAACAACUUGUUCAAAGUCACAAUCAAAUUAUUUUGAUCAAGCCCUUGGUACUUUUAAUGAACAAUAUUUCGACCCAGAUAUAAUGUUGGAAACAAAUACUCCUGUUGUACAUCCUUCAUUGAAUGUUCGACGUUUAUGUUUUACACCGGGUUUAUCGACUUUUACUCGACUUCUUAGUUUGCAGUUUGAUUCCGUAUGUGUUUGGGAACCAAGACAGAUGCUCCUUUUAUGUAUGAUUGAAUUCGGUAUAUCAGUUCAUCAUUCCUUAAUUUGUGCUGAUUGGGUUUCUGUUGUUACUAAAUUAUCAGAUAGAGCUUUGUGUAUUCUUUUGGGUGGAGAUGGUGCUUUACGACUUGUACAAGCUGGUCAAGCUAAUUAUGAAAUGACAGUUGUUAAUUAUUCUAAUCAGUCAGUAAACCUUGGGAAUACAAUUACUCGUGGAACUACUUUACAAGAUCCGAUUUCAAAAUUUUACAUUCAAAGUCCAUUGCCAGAUAGACCUGACAUUCAAGAUCCUGUUUUAGUCCCGUCGUUACUUCCAUCCAUCACUGCCCUAAAUAUUCGACAUCUCUUACAACAUCAACCGUGGUGUAAAAAGUCUCAAAAUAUCCCUUCGAUUAAAAAUGAGAAUUUAUUGAUUGAUAUAGCUUCUAGUUCUCAAGCGUUAACAUGCGAUCGGACUACCAUAGCUAAUACUGAAUCAGACCAAAGCUCUUAUUCUAGUAGUGACUGUUCUCUGCUUGCUCCUGGUUUUGCAAAGAUUCAGAAUUCUGUAAAUAUAUUCCUAUAUGGCCUCAAAACAAGACAUGAAUUAUCUACCAGUUUUAUGAACCUGUCAAAUACUACCAUUAUUGAACGUUGUUUAUGGACUGCUCAAUUAUUUGGCGAUGUAUAUGAAGUAAAAUUUUGGCGAUUGGUUGCAAAUCGUUUACUAUACAAAAAAGCUUUACAUCACAAUCCACAACAAUUAAAUAACCAGUUAUGGUCUCGGUAUUUUUUAGAUUUAUCUUGGGAUUUUUUAGCUGAUUGUGAUUUAUAUCGUCAGAAUGUUGAAAAGUUUAUAUCAUAUAUGGAAAAGUCGCAUAAUUCACCUACUGAAAUUAUGGAUUGUGUUAAUACACUGAUUAUGGUCGGUCAACAGGACCGUGCAGUUUCUUUACUACUGGAAACACCUGCAGAUUCAAGUAAUUAUUCUAUAAAUAUGUAUCGUGCUUGUUUGUUUACGGCAAAUAUUGCUAGAAAAUCUCUUCUGUCCGAGUCUAGCGUAAACCAACCAGCAGAAGAUAAUUAUUUAAGUGUAAUAAAAUUAGUUGCUACAAAUUUACUUUCUAAUGGAAAAAUUAAUGAUGGUAUUGGUUUAUUGUGUCUUAUUGGCUUACAAGUUGAUGCAUGCCGUUACUUAGAAUCGUUCGAUCGAUGGGAUCGUUCUGUAUGGUUAGCUAAGUGUCCGUCAUCAUUUACUGUUCUCACUUCCGCCUGUUUUUUUUCAGUGUACAUUAUCAAUUGAAGAACAUGAUAAAGUAAUGAGACGUUGGGCGUCCUAUUUAGCUUCAUCUCAGGUUAAUCGAAAAGAUUUAGCUAUACUCAUUUAUGUUUAUUUAGAAGAUCAUUCUAAUGUCUUAAAGUUACUUUUUAAUCUUAAACAAUAUCAGUUAGCAGCUAGAUACCUGGAAGCAUGCCGUGAAUUAAGCUUAUUGAAUACAACUAAAGAAACAGAAUCAUUUUACGAGUCAAUAUUUUUGGAAUUCGGUUCAUUUCUAAUAAAACUUGGUCAUCAUGAAGCUGCUAUGUAUUAUUGUAAUUUAGCUGGAAAAAUGGCUGAUUCAUUAAAAGAAGAAAUAGAUUUUCUUUUGUCGUAGAAUAAACUUUAAACUGACAAUAACAUUCAUCAUCAUUUUUGAACUUCAUGAUGAUGAUAAGAAACCAAACAAUUUUUUUCCAUUUUCUUUACCUCAUAUUUACUUUUCUGUUUAUUCCUCAUUUAUUUUAACCAAAAAUACGAGUGGAUAUUGUUGACUGUGAUAGAUAGAACAAUAUAUAUAAUAAAUUAUUUGACUUGACUAAUAUUAUAUUCCGUUUAGCACCUUUUUUUGUAUUUUUUUUUACUUGCCAGUAUAUAUGUAUGUGUGUGCGGAUAAAACUAUUUUUCACUUUUUUUUGUAUUUCUGUUUUUUUUUUCAAAAAGUGUAUUCUCAACUUUCCUGCCAACAUUUCAAUUUUGUUGUUUUGAAUUUUGUUUGUAUCGUUGUUUUUCUUCUGUUUUCUAUUUGUUUAUAUAUUUUAAAAGAGAAAGAGGAAAUAAUCAUUUCUACGUG